AUGUCGAAUAUUGAGACCUCGGGUUCUGUUAAGGAGAGUCGUGAUCAGGAGAAGGAAGUCAUGGCUGCUGAUGAUGUGUCGUAUCAUAUCAGCACUGUCAAUGAGCUUGGGAAUGUCGUUGAUCCGGUCCUUUCGGCUAAGAUCAAUCUUGUCAACGAGACCAUCAACGAGAUUGGCUGGACUGGUUUCCAUCUCAAGCUCUGCUGCCUCACUGGCUUCGGCUUUGCAGCUGACUCCCUGGUAGCAUUCCUCCAGAGUGUUGCAGCAGGCCAGGCCUACCUUGAGAUCGGCCAUGGAGGUUAUCCUACCGGUUCAACUAUGGCUCUUUACGCUGGACUCCAGAUGGGAGCUCUCUUCUGGGGUUUUGGUGCUGACAUAAUCGGUCGACGCAUUGCCUUCAACACUACUCUAUUCAUCGCAGCCAUUGCUACCAUUGUCGCAGGAGCUGGUCCCAGCUGGGUUGCCUUCUGUGUCUUUGUAGCCUUUCUUGGCUUUGGAGCUGGCGGUAACCUCGUCUUGGAUCCAACUGUCAUGCUGGAGUUUGUCCCUGCGAAGCAGCAGUGGGUCAUCACAGCUAUGGCGGGAUGGUGGGGUGUUGGACAGGCCAGUGCUGGCUUCAUCGCUUGGGGCUACUACUCCCGAAACGAUUGGACUUGCGUCGCUACGGUCGAGACAUGCACAUGGCAGAACAACAAAUCAUGGAGACUCAUCAUGUUCACCGGUGGAGCCCUCAUGUUUGUCAUGUCCGCCCUGCGUAUUCUCAUCAUCCGACUCCCUGAAACCCCAAAGUUCCUGGUCACCAACGGCAAAGAGGAGGAACUUGUUGCCAUGCUUCAGAAGCUUGCCAGUACUUAUAAGCGACCUUGCUCAUUGACACUUGAGGGUCUUCAGGCUUGUGGCACCGCUCAUACCCCUGAGCACGGUGGUAGCAAGGGAUCUGCUGUUCGUGGCUUGGGCAAGAGUCUCCUUGGUCACGUCAAGGGACUCUUUUCGACCAAGAAGCUUGCUCUGUCGACUUGUCUCAUCUGGCUUUCUUGGACUUUGAUCGGUCUUGGAUAUCCUCUAUUCUUCCUUUACCUCCCAUCCCUUCUCAGCAGCCGUCUUCCGGACUACAAGCCCUCCUUCACCGAGACCUGGCGUGAUUACACCAUCACCAACAUCUGCGCCAUCUUUGGUCCUCUCAUUGCGGCUGGUCUUGCUGAAGUGAGCUUCCUUGGACGACGAUAUACAAUGGCCAUUGGAGCUGUGAUCACUGCCAUCUUCUUCUUUUGCUAUACCGUCAUCAAGACUCCUGCUCAGAAUCUUGCCAUCAGCAGCUGCAUCUCUGUUUGUAUCAACCUUUACUAUGGUACACUCUACGCAUACACUGCUGAAGUGUUCCCCUCUGCCCAUCGAACUACAGGCAAUGGUAUUGCAGUCUCGCUCAACCGUAUCAUGGGUCUUCUUUCUGCUGUCAUUGCGGUGACUGCUGAUACAACCACUAUAGCACCCUUGUAUAUCUCAGGGGCUUUGUUUUUUUUCAUGGCUAUCGUUUCUGCCAUUCUGCCAUUCGAACCAUAUGGCCGAAGUGCAUCCUAG